GGUUGUAAUUUUCUUGUACACUUGUAAACAAUCUUUCUCCCGCGAUUGAAGCUUCUCUUGUUCUCUCUCUCUCGAUUGGAUCUUAGGGUUUCACAUCCAAAUCCUUCAAUUCUUCAAUUCGCUUCGUUUCUAGGGUUUCUCCGCUACCAGAUCCAUCUUCAAUUUCUUCUUCCUUCACCAUAAUUCAUCAUGUUUUGGCGAAUGGCUGGUUUAUCCACCGCUUCUCCGGUGGAGACCAUUUUGGAUAGGGACAAUUUCACCAUGGAGGAACUACUUGAUGAGGACGAAAUAAUUCAAGAAUGCAAAGCUCUUAAUAGCCGCCUUAUAAACUUUUUGUCCGGAAAAGCACAGGUUGAACAAUUGGUGCGAUACAUUGUUGAAGAGGCUCCUGAGGAUGCUGAAAAGAAGCGGACUUUUAAGUUUCCUUUUAUUGCUUGUGAGAUAUUUACCUGUGAAGUUGAUAGCAUACUCAAAACUCUGGUGGAGGAUGAGGAAUUGAUGAGUUUGCUGUUCUCUUUUUUGGACCCAAAUAACUCCCAUGGUAACCUACUAGCUGGAUAUUUUAGCAAGGUAGUUGUAUGCCUGUUGUUACGCAAGACAGGUCCCUUCAUGCAAUAUGUUCAAGCUCACCAGGAAAUCGUGAAGAAGCUAGUUGAGUUGAUUGGGAUUACAUCUAUCAUGGAGGUUUUGAUUCGCUUGAUUGGUGCGGAUGAGCAUAUGUAUGCAAAUCAUGUGGAUGCGAUGCAGUGGAUUGAAGAGACUGAUGUGCUUGAGAUGAUUGUGGACAAGUUUAGUUCUUCUGAUUCUCCAGAAGUGCAUACUAAUACAGCAGAAACACUCUGUGCCAUUACACGAUUUGCUCCAGCAGGACUUUCUGCCAAAAUUUGCAGCCCGAGCUUUAUAGGAAGAUUAUUCUGUCAUGCUCUAGAAGACUCUCGGCCAAAAUCUGUUCUUGUUAACUCGUUAUCUAUAUGCAUAUCUUUGCUAGACCCUAGUAGAAUUUCUUUUGGAGCUUAUCAUUCCUAUAACCGUCAAAUGACUAACGGUUCCGCUGUAACUGCAAAUCCUGAGACUGUUGAAGGCAUGCUAGAAAGUCUAGGUGAUCUACUAAAGCUUUUAGAUGUUUCUUCCGCCGAAAAUCUCUUGCCGACUACUUAUGGCAAGUUACAACCGCCUCUUGGGAAACAUCGUUUGAAGAUUGUAGAGUUCAUAUCAGUCUUACUAACUGUUGGUAGCGAAGCUGCUGAGAAGAAAUUGAUUGAUUUUGGAGCUGUACAAAGAAUUAUAAACUUGUUCUUCGAGUAUCCAUACAAUAACUUUCUGCAUCACCAUGUGGAAACCAUUAUAAUAUCAUGCUUGGAGAGCAAGAGUUCUUCUCUUCGGGAACAUAUUCUUCGUGAUUGUGAUUUUGUUGGGAAAAUUAUUCAAGCAGAAAAGAAUUUUACGUUGGAAGCUGGUACAGACAAGCCAACAUCACCAGCUGAGGGUAAAUCACCACCCAGAAUAGGAAGCAUAGGCCACUUGACCCGAAUAUCUAACAAACUUAUCCAGUUAGGGAAUAACAACAGUGUGAUUCAGGAGCAUCUGCAGGGAAUUAGUGAAUGGACAGAUUGGUACAUGAGUGUUCUAUCAAAUCGGAAUGCUGUGGAAAAUGUCUCUCAAUGGGCUUGUGGGAGACCGACAGCAUUGCAUGACAGAAAUAGGGACAGUGAUGAGGAUGAUUUCCAGGAUCGGGACUAUGACGUUGCAGCCUUGGCAAAUAACUUAAGUCAGGCCUUCCGUUAUGGCAUCUAUAAUAAUGACGAUGACAUGGAAGAGGUUCACGGGUCUCUUGAACGAGAUGACGAGGAUGUCUAUUUUGAUGAUGAAUCUGCAGAAGUUGUUAUAUCUUCUUUGCGGUUGGGAGAUGACCAUGAAAGUGGGUCUUCUCUCUUCACGAAUUCCAAUUGGUUUGCUUUUGGGGAGGACAAAGAUCGAGAAGCCAAUGAACAGUCAACUGGCUCUCUUGCUUCUCCGUCGCCUAAUGCUGAAGAGGAUGUCAAAAACGCCGAUGAAGAUUAUAACAUGACUGCUAAUGAAGACGAGGACUUGGCUGAUACUGCGACGUCUUCUCCAGAAGCAGAGGCAGAACCAAAAUUAGAACCUGUUGGAACCGAAAAACCUGUUGAGUGGGUUGAAUGGAGGGAGUCUUUAGAUGCCAGCGACCCUUCUGAGGUUCUUCCCAAUGGAGAACUUGAGUCAGAAUCAGGGAACAAUGAUCUUGAUGCAGCCGAAUCAUCAUCUCCGUCAACCAAUGUUACAGUAACAAAGGAUGAACAUACGGAUGCUGCACUAUUAGCAUCACUGGACGAGAAUCUGAGCAUUGGAUCCUCUGUCCCAACUCAAACAGAAAGUGAAAAUCCAAGUUCGUCCGCAUCCAGUUCUGUGGAUGAGAAACUGGCUGAAGUUGGAGGAGACAGCAACAAGGACACAGCAGAUGACAAUAAAGGAAUUGAACAAAUGAGUAGCUAAUGUAAAUUCCUCUGAAUUGGCAUGGGUGACUAUGCAACAACAUUAACCAGGUGGGAAGAUGAAAUUUGGAGUCUGGCUUGGCAGGAGUAUUUAGUACCCCUAUGCACGCUGUGAUAUUUUUUUUCUUAUAGGAAUAUCAAUUUUUUUUCCCACCUACUUCUAAAGCUAGAAAUUCAAUGUCUGAUGAUGUUUUAGCUCUUGCUAUUUAGGUGCUACUGAAUUUUUCACCUGUUCAUAUCAAUAUUUAGCUCGCCCAAUUAGGUGAUACUGAAUUUUCCCCUUUAUAAUGUCUAGCUGUUCAUAUAAAUACAUCUCUUUUUAGUUUCAUUCAAAUGAUUCCUUGGGACAAUUUGUAAUUAAGUUUUCAGAUAUUGUGACUUGAGAUCGAAACGGGUAUCGGACCGGUUGGCUAUCUGUAGAAAUUUUCACGACGGAUACUAA